UGGCAGGAAGUGACAGAAAACCUGAAUACGGAACUGAAGCAGCAGCUCAGAGUUUCUUGCCUUGAAGUGACAACAGCCAGAGAGGGAGUCGGGUGUGGACGGAAGAGCCGGGCGCUCAGAGCAGACGCUGACACUAGUGGAGAUGUGGAAGUCUGUAGUGGGGCAUGAUGUAUCUGUUUCCGUGGAGACCCAGGGUGAUGACUGGGACACAGAUCCUGACUUUGUGAAUGACAUCUCUGAGAAGGAGCAACGGUGGGGAGCCAAGACCAUUGAGGGCUCUGGACGCACGGAGCACAUCAACAUUCACCAACUGAGGAACAAAGUGUCAGAGGAGCAUGAUGUUCUCAAGAAGAAAGAAAUGGAAUCAGGGCCCAAAGCAUCCCAUGGCUAUGGAGGUCGGUUUGGAGUAGAAAGAGACCGAAUGGACAAGAGUGCUGUAGGCCACGAGUAUGUUGCUGACGUGGAGAAACACUCUUCUCAGAUGGAUGCUGCCAAAGGCUUUGGGGGCAAAUACGGAGUUGAGAGGGACAGGGCAGACAAGUCAGCAGUCGGCUUUGAUUAUAAAGGAGAAGUGGAGAAGCACGCAUCUCAGAAAGAUUACUCUCAUGGAUUUGGUGGCCGUUAUGGGAUAGAGAAGGACAAACGGGACAAAGCGGCUUUGGGAUAUGACUAUAAGGGAGAGACGGAGAAACACGAGUCACAGAAAGAUUAUGCCAAGGGCUUCGGUGGACAGUAUGGAAUCCAGAAGGACCGAGUGGACAAGAGCGCUGUCGGCUUCAAUGAAAUGGAGGCCCCAACCACAGCUUAUAAGAAGACAACACCCAUAGAAGCUGCUUCUAGUGGUGCCCGUGGGCUGAAGGCAAAAUUUGAGUCCAUGGCUGAGGAGAAGAGGAAGCAGGAGGAAGAGGAGAAGGCACAGCAGAUGGCCAGGCGGCAGCAGGAGCGAAAGAUGGUGGUAAAGAUGAGCCGUGAGGCUCAGCAGCCGGCAGUGACUGUGGAAGAGCCAGUGGUACCAGCCCCACUGCCCAAGAAAAUCUCCUCAGAGGCCUGGCCUCCAGCAGAAAGUCAUCCAUCGCCAGAGCCUGAGCCUGUGAGAACCAGCAGGGAACAACCAGUGCCCUCCCUGCCCAUGCGACGGAAUCCCCCAGAGGACGAGGAGCCUCCAGCCCUGCCCCCUAGGACUCUGGAAGGCCUCCAGGUGGAGGAAGAGCCGGUGUACGAAGCAGAGCCUGAGCCUGAACCUCAGAAUGACUAUGAGGAUGUCGAGGAGAUGGACAGGCAUGACGACCAAGAGGGGGACUAUGAGGACGUGCUCGAGCCUAAGGAUUCCUCUUUUUCUUCCACCGCGGCUGGCUAUGCUGGCGGGGCUGAGGCUAUGGGGAUCUCAGCUGUCGCCCUGUAUGACUACCAAGGAGAGGGAAGUGAUGAGCUUUCCUUUGAUCCGGAUGACAUCAUCACUGACAUCGAGAUGGUGGAUGAGGGUUGGUGGCGAGGUCAUUGCCGUGGCCACUUUGGACUCUUCCCUGCAAAUUAUGUCAAGCUCCUCCAGUGACUGCUCCCCACUGCCUGCUGCAACUGUGACCUCCCACGUCUCAAGUGGCUCCGCCUCCCUCCCCUCCCUCUUCCUGCGGCAAGUGUCUAACAAGAUGGACGAGUUGCCUGAGGUUCUGGACAGAACUCCCUGUCCGGCCUCACCAAGGGCAUGGGGCAGAGCCAGCGUGAGGAAGGGGUUCUCUUUCCCCUCAGUGUCCUCUCUACCCUGGAUGAGCUUCUGGACAUUGAUCUUGUGGUCCUGCCUCCUUCCCCGGGUAGACCCCUGAUGACACCCCAAGCUCUGUUCUCCUCCCAGUUUGCUUACCUGGAAAGGUUAUGUCUAGGAUGCCUGGUUUGCCUGGUUGUGCUGUUUGCCCACUUUCCUUCCCUGCAGAGAGGUCUCUGAACCUUCUCUCUGCUCAGUCCUAAAACUGGAAAUAAAGUGGGACUGUGGUUCUCCUCUG